AUGGCCUAUUGGCUCUCUGCCCUCGCUGUAAUCUUCCUCUUGGCCAUCACUAGCAAAUUCCUGGCAUGGAAACGACUGCGGCACAUUCCCGGGCCAUUUUGGUGCGGCUGGUCUGACCUGUGGAUGCUUCGCAGAGCCUUCAAAGGAUCACUAUAUGAGGAGCUUGAUCACUUAUGCCACAACUAUGGACCCCUCGUUCGCAUCGCACCCGGAUACUUGGUCUGUGGUGACCCAAUUGAGAUUCGCAGAAUAUGGGGAGUGCGCUCUCAAUUCGAUCGAGCGCCAUGGUUCAAGGGUUUCCAGCUCGAUCCACCAAAUGAUUGCACUCUAUCCAUCCGUGACAACAAUCUGCACACUCUCCUCCGAUCUAAACUUCUACCAGGCUACUCUGGAAAAGACAUUGAAGGCCUGCACGAGGCGAUCGACCAGCAAACGGCAAAGUUCAUCCGCUUUCUCGAAGAGAAGUAUCUCUCGACAGAAACAGAUUUCCGCCCAGUUGACUUUGCUCGAAAAAUCCAGUUCUUGACCUUGGACCUCAUCUCCACAUUCGCAUUGGGACGGACGUUCGGCUUCAUGGAUAGAGAUGACGACCUCUACGACUAUCUCAAGACGACGGAAGAGUCACUUCCCCUUAUGCAAAUGAUAGCUUUACUGCCCUGGCUCUUGGGCUUGCUACAGUCUCCUCUCUUCAAAGCGAUUCGGCCAACGCACACUGACGCCAUCGGACUGGGCAAGAUCAUGGGUCUUGCCAAAGAAAUCGUGGCCGAGCGAUAUGGCGACUCAAAGGUCGUCAAACGAGAUAUGCUCGGAUCAUUCGUUUCUCACGGUCUGACGCAAAAGGAUGCCGAGUCAGAGUCUCUUGUCCAGAUCGUGGCGGGCUCUGACACGACUGCCACUGUGAUUAGGAUCGGGAUAUUCCAUGCCUCGACAUCGCCACUGGUAUAUCAAAGCCUACAAGAAGAAAUCGAUAGAGGCGUCAAAACCGGUCAGAUAUCGUCCCCCAUUAAAGAGACCGAGGCGCGGGCACUUCCAUACCUGCAGGCGUUCAUCAAGGAGUGCUUCCGAAUCUGGCCACCUAUUACUGGAAUUGUCCCGCGAAUGUCGGACUCAGAUGCUGUGGUCUGCGGCUAUCGGGUUCCUGCCAAUACAAACGUCGGCUGGAGCGCACGCUCAGUAAUGCGAGAUAGGCAUAUUUUUGGGCAGGAUGCAGACGUAUUUUCUCCUGAGCGAUGGCUACGCGCUCAGAGCGAGCAGCUUCGACUCAUGGAGAAUACCGUUGAGCUCAUCUUUGGUCAAGGAAAAUGGGGUUGUCUAGGCAAACCUAUUGCUUUGUUGGAGCUGAACAAGCUUUUGCGACGAUUUGACUUUACUGUGGUCAAUCCAGCCCAUCCUAUGGACACGUUUGACUACGGCGUUAUGACGCAGUCGAACCUCAUAAUGAAGAUCACCAAGCGAAAGAGUCCAAUGUAG